AUGGAUGCGGCUCCGGCGGCGGGAAACUUGGAUCCGGCGGUCGAAAGGGGUAGAUCCGGUGGUGGGCUCCAGGAUGCGCCAAGCGGAGGGGCCAACGGCGCGCCGUAUGUGUCCGGCGGAGGGGCUGGCGGCGCCCCGUUCGUGUGGCCGGGAGGCCCGCCGACGGGUCCCCUGGGUGCCCUCCUGGCCGCCGCGGGAGUGCCUCCCGGCAUGGUGGCGGGCGCAUGGCCUGGAGGCGCAGCAACCGCGGCGGGCCAGCCACCAGCGCAGCAACCGGCCAUCCCAGCCGCGGCGGGCCUGGCCGCCGGCGCGUGGCCCGGCAUCCCCGGCGCAUGGCCCGGCGUCCCCAGCGCGGGGCCAUCAGCUUCACAGGCCUCCGGCAUCCCCAACGCCGCCAUGCCUGCAAGCACAGGCAUGCCCGGAGGAUGGCCGGAGUGGUGGGCCGGAGCAGCGGCGGCGGCUCUAGGGCCGGAUUGGCUCCGUGCCGAUCCUCAACUCGCUUCACAGGAGACAGCUUCACAGGAGGUUGGAGGUAAUGACGAGCGGCUGCCGGUUCGGGUCACCUCUGGUCCAGUUCGGAGCUCCUCAACUCGUCGGCGAGGUACCCGCGCACCUAGGCCACCACCGGCGGCUAGGACAGCUACUGCUCCUGCAUCUGUGGACGUCGACCUCACCGAUCCAAGCUUGGCUGAUUGGUGUGAUGAGAACAAUAGGAUAGUUUGUGAGAUUUUUGCUGAUGAAGUUUUAAAAGGAAAUAGAUCAAGUACUCAUUUGAGUAAGACCGGGUACAAGAAUGUGAUAGCAAGGUUUAAAGAGAGGACUGGGAUUGAGUACACUAGAAAGCAAUUCAAGAAUAAAUGGGAUAAGUCGAAGCAAGAUUAUGGUAUUUGGAAGCAGUUGAAAAAUAAGGAGACUGGGAUUGGAUGGGAUGAAACUGGGAAGAAUAUUGUAAUGUCAGAGGCAUGGUGGAAGAAAACAGCAAAAGAUAUAAAGGGCUCUACCAGAUUCAAGCUGAAAGGACUACAAAAUGAAGAACAGCUAAGCAUUAUGUUUGAAGACCUCAGAAAUACUGGUGAUGAACAUUGGUCCGCUUCUAGUGGUAUAGCACCUUCUUCAGCAAACUUGUCUCGUGAAAGCUCUCCAAUUCCUAUUGAUGAUGAAGAUGAAGCAGACAAAGUGGAUUCGGACAGUGAGCCGGAGGAGGUGACACCUAGGAGUGUGCAUGGUUCAAAGAGAGGUCGAGGGGCUAGUAACAUCAAGGGAAAGAAACCCAAGACAAGUACAGGGCAUUGGUUUCAGGAACAAAUGGGCAAGAUUGUGGAGAUGAAUGAGAGGACAACUGCAUCUUGUGAAUCUAUUGCAAGGAGGGAGGAUACAUCUGGUUGUUCCAUCCAGGAUGUCAUGGCUUUGGUCAAGAAUUGUGGGGCUCUUCCCUCGACGAAUGAACAUUUUGUUGCAUCUCUAGUUUUUACCAAGAGGGCUGAACGAGAGAUGUUUAUGACUUUGGAUACACCUGAGGAGAGGUUUGAUUGGCUGAAGAGGAAGUAUGAAUGGAUGACUAGAAAUGAUGUGCCUAAGUAG